GCGUUUGACGUUUCUCGCUUGCGAGUAAUCUUAUUCGGAGCCCACAGAACACGCUGUUUUCGGGAAGGAUUUCGUACCGUAUUUUUUCGAAUUUAAAGCUAAAUUUUUCGGCCAAAAAGUGAUUCCAAACCGUGCAACAUGUCCACCUCGUGUGCGCGUCAGUAUUCCCGCGACGGCAAAUAUUUCGCCUUCAUCAACGGCCAGGGAAAGCUGGUGGUGUACGAAGUCGAAACGAGCAACGUGAGCCAAAUCUACACCCCGAAUCUGCACCUGAAUGUUCCCUGUACGUGUUUUGCCUGGGUUGAGAUCGGUGCCCAGGGCAGUUCCAAGAAGAAAAAGAAACGGAGCAGUGACGCAGGAGCGGGUGAACGGCAAACCUGUAUGAUUUUCGGAACCAGCAAGGGGAAAGUGGCAUUGUAUGGGCUGGCUUCGACCAACAUCGAGAAGAAUUUCAUUGGCGCCGGGCAUUCCGGACCGAUAACGGCCAUUUGCGUGGAGGGCGAAUGCUUGUACACUGCCGGAACCGACGGGAAAGUCAUCGAGUGGAGUUUAAAGGAUUGCGAGCAGCGGAAGGUUCACAAUCUGGGAGUGGAGAAGUUGAGCUGCUUGGCGGUUAUCGAGCAAGGAUCGACCGUUUUGUCCGGGUCCAAACAAUUAAAGCUGUGGGACUUGGAAAACGGAAAAUCGAUCAAGACUUUGGUAGGCCACACUUCGAACACGGUCCUAGCGAGGAAGAUAGUCAGCCAGGAUGGGCGGGUUUUUGUACUGACCGGAUCGGUAAACGAUCGGAACGUUUCGCUGUGGUCUGCCGAAGGAGACGAAAGAACUGCCGUUGGGUUGUUCACUUUGGAUGAUGCUCCGGAGUAUUUGUCUACCCGAGUGGUGGGCGGAAAGUUGCAUCUGGUUGCCGUUUCGAGAUCCGGUGUGGCACAUUAUUUCAUCAAAAGCUUGGAUAAAAUCAACAUUAACAAACCAAUCAAAGCAAAUUACACCUACGAAGUGGCCUUGGAUACAGCAGGUUCCGGCUCGAAAGCCGUCGAUCGGUUGCCAAUUUUUACCGCCAGUGUAGACUUCUCCGCAAACCAGGAACAGAUUUUGAUCGGCUACGGGUCGGAUCUGAGUCUCAAGUUCGAGCAAAUCGCCAUCGAUAAGGAGCUCAAGCACAAUGUCAUCAUCCGCGAACAGGCCAAAGGACUGCUCCACAAGGAUAAGACCGAAAAGGACCUCAAAUCGAAAACGCCUUCCGUCGAUAAAUCCAUUGCGGAGUUCCUGAAUCCGGUUAACGCCAGCAAAAAAUCGCUGAAAACGGUCGAAAUCCCCAUGGAGGCACGGCUGGAGAAUCUGGCCCUGACGGCGGAUGGCGAUUCCAAGUCGAAAUCUAGCCAGAAAAAUAUGGUGCACCUUCUGGUGCAGGGACUCCACAGUAAGGAUGCCGAAAUUCUGCGCAGCGUUUUCAGUAAAAACGACCCGGAGCUGAUCCAGCGAACGGCAGAACGAGUGCCGGCCCAGUAUGUGAGCAUCCUGCUGAGCGAGCUGUCCAGUCUGAUGCAGAAGAAAACCGUUCACGUUGCGACAGCCGUAUGUUGGCUGAAAGCACUGAUACACAGUCACGCCAGUCAGCUGAUGGCCUUGGGAUCGGAGAAUCUGCUGUCCAACUUCGGAACCUGCCUGGGAAUAAUUGAAUACCGAGUGGAACAUGCCAACUCUCUUUCAAAAUUGAGUGGACGCCUGGGACUGUUGGUCAGCCAGAUCGAUCGAACGGAACGGUUAGCCAAGAAUCCCGAUCAGCUAGCCAACGCGCAGGUGUUAAUCCAUCAAGAGGAAGACGAUUCGGAUGUGGAUUCGGUGAUUGGCAAGGACCAGGGUUCGUCCGAAGAUGAGUACGACGGAAUAAUGGAGGACGAUGUUUUGGAAGAGGAGGAAGACGAUGACGACGAAGAAGACAAUGCCCUGGCGGGAAGUUUUGUCCGGGUGAGAAAUGGAGCUGCAAAGCAAGGUGACGGAAGCAUGCUGAAACUGAAGGUCGACGAGGAUUCGAGUGGUGACGAUGACGAGGACGACGACGAAGAAAUGGACGUUUCGGACUAGCUUUAGGAACUUAGUGAUUAGUGUUUUGUUAUGUACAAGAAAAAGUAAUUGUAUUUUGAGGUAUAAAUAUACCACGAACAUUACUGCAGGCGUAAAAGAAGCUAAAUUUCAUCUGCUGCAAAAAAA